AUGCAAGAUGACACAAUAUAUGAGACUGAAGAUGUGAAAGAAGCCAUAGGAAGGCUUCCUGGAGAUCUUUAUAAUGACAGAAUGUUUCGAAUUAAGAGAGCUCUGGACCUGACCAUGAGGUAUCAGAUCUUGCCUAAGAAGCAGAGGGCAAAAUAUGAGGAGGACAAAUUCUACCUUGAAUCCUAUCUGAAAGAGGUUAUUCAGGAAAGAAAAGAGAAAUAAGAAUGGGCAAAGGAGUGAUCUUGUAGUUGAGAUCUGCGGAUGUGCCUGGUCUCAGCAUAUUUUUAUGAAGUUGUUUCAACCUGAAUCACAAUUUAAGAAUUAUUUGCUCUGUAGAUACCCACUUUAAAUAAAUGACUAUUGUAA